AUGUCAAUAGCAGGGCCUAGCGGCACAUCAAUUCAAUACUACACAACUGGACGAGGAAAAAAUCCAAAAUGUGUUACAAUACUGAAGUGCCCCGAGAACAGUAACACAUCGAAAAAAGUUUCAUGGGAAUGUAAAAUUUGUCAUAAAGACUUGUCUUCGAAACGAUCUUAUAGUGAACAUAUGAAUGUGCACAACAAAAAACGUCCGUUUCAAUGUGAUAAUUGUGAAUAUGCUGCAGCAAGUCAAAUGACACUCCAUCGACAUAAACUUCGCAAUCAUACACCAAAAACUGAAUGGGGAUAUCGAUGUCCAUAUUGUGAUGAAGCAUAUAUGGAACCUGCUGGUUAUCAACAACAUGUUCAGUUAGUUUUGCUUCUAAUUUCAAAUUUACUAUCCAAUUCUUUGAAGGCAUCGACAUCGCGGACACUCUGCAACAUACGGAUGCCCUUUUACAUUCUGCAAAUUUUUCUCAAAAUCACAACGACAUUUUCGUGAACAUUUAUUCAAGCAUGAAUCGUUAGUUUUCUUAUUUUUAACAGUGUUAUUAAAAACAGUAUUUUUCAGAUCGGAUCAAUCAGAUGGCGCGAUGAUUCCCUGCACAAAUUUCCCAUCUCAUCAACUUGUUCGAUAUUUGAUAAAUGACGAAUGUGGAUAUGGAUAUGAGCGAAAGUUCAAAAAGGUUUUAGUUCGUUCAAGUCAACAAACUCAACAAUUUCCUCGAACUAUUCGAAUUGCUCCAAGAUAUCAAUUGGCAAAUACAACAAAUGGACCGAAAUUUAUUCAAAUUCAGCAAAUGUGAGUUGGAAGACACUUAUUUUGAUAGAGAUUAUGUAUCAGAAAUGGUUUUUUCAGAACUCCUCUUCGUAAAAUAAUAAAAUUGAAUAUUCCACAACAACAACAACAAGGGAAUUCGGAUUAUUCAAACAAACAUAUCGAAGAAGAAGAAGAUGAUGAAGGACCACCAAUUUUAGACAAACAAAUUGAAAAACCAAAAGUUUAUGAAGAAUUCCGAGAAUCUGAAAUGGAAGAAGAAGAAAUUGAAGAACAAAUGGAAGAAGAAGAGGUUCCUUUGUUCCCGAAUGGUUUUAUCGAAGAAGAACUUGAUUAA